AUGCCGCCAAAGAAGAAGACUAAGGGCAAGAAGAACAAGGCCAGCGCUGGUGGAGCAGAUGCGGCCGACAAUGCCGUCGAAGCUACCUCUCUACUCAACUGGAGCUAUCUCAACUUCAAGUUCCGCACAAAGAUCUCCACUCGGUUGUUUGCCGUCAAAGUAAGUGAAAGAUAA